AUGGACCCGCUGAGGCAGUCCGCCUCCCCCUGCUCAUCAAGACCCUCCAGCCCCAAGACCCCACCCUGCGAGAUGCUUGGUUAUGUGGGCAUUGAGGCCGUGCUGGACCAACUGAAGAUCAAGGCCAUGAAGAUGGGGUUUGAGUUCAACAUCAUGGUGGUGGGGCAGAGCGGGCUGGGCAAGUCCACAAUGUUGAACACCCUUUUCAAGUCCAAGGUGUGGAAGUGCACCCUGCCGGGCCUGGCGAUGCCCACACCCCAGACGCUGCAGCUGAAGUCAGUGACCCAUGUCAUCGAGGAGAAGGGUGUGAAGCUCAAGCUGACAGUGACUGACACGCCUGGCUUUGGAGACCAGAUCAACAAUGACAAAUGCUGGAACCCCAUCCUGGGCUACAUUAAUGAACAGUACGAGCGGUACCUGCAGGAGGAGAUCCUCAUCACCCGCCAGCGCCACAUCCCCGACACGCGGGUGCACUGCUGUGUGUACUUCGUGCCGCCUACUGGGCACUGCCUGCGGCCUCUGGACAUUGAGUUCCUACAGCGGCUGUGCCGGACCGUGAACGUGGUGCCUGUGAUUGCCCGGGCCGACAGCCUGACCCUUGAGGAGCGAGAGGCCUUCAGGCGCAGGAUCCAGCACAACCUGAGGACUCACUGCAUCGAGGUGUACCCACAGAAAUGCUUUGACGAGGAUAUCAAUGACAGGAUCCUCAACAGCAAGAUUCGGGUUGUUGGUCUAGGGUCUAGCCGGCCCGCCUGCUGCACCCCCACGCCCACGGUCCUGCCCCCGGCCCGGCCCGCCGCGCUGCCGGUGAGUGCGGGCGCGGAGUCCCGGCCCACGCCGCUUCCGUCCCGCAGCCCUUCUUCACCAGAACCCGGGGUUGUGCUCGGCCUGGGCCACCGCUCACCCUGCACCCGAGGACGAAACCGGGGAAAGCAUGCCCGGCCGGGGAGUCCCUACUCUCUCAGGACCCUGGAGUUGGAGGGGCCGUGGUGA